AUGGAGUUGGCUGACAAGCUCAACUACCCCAGCUCCGGGUACAUGGUGAAGUGGAUUACUGGCUUCAAAAUCUAUAUCUACCAACGCGACCAUGCUCUGGGUGAUAGCGAGGCGGUCAUUCCUAAGGUGAUUCGUGAUAACAAGCACGUCAUCAACUUCCCCAAGACGAACAACAAGUGUGUCUUCCACUGCAUUGCUUAUCACAAGCAGGAGGGAGCCAAGAAGGAUCCUCGCAGAAUCCAGGCUCUGGUGAAACAAGCCUUCAAGCAGUACUGUUCGUACAAGGAGAUCACCUACACUCUGGGUCUGUUCCGCAAUUUCAAGCCUAUCGACAUUCUCCAAUUCGAUGAGCUUGAGGAGUGCUUCAAGCUGAACAUCAACGUCUUCAAUAUGGAUGUUGAGACGGGCAAGGUUGAAUGCAUUCGCUGCUCGGACAAGGACUACGAUUCGAUCAACAUCCUGUCGCACGAGAAUCACGCUCUCUACAUCACGAACGUUGAUAUGCUCCAGCAGAAGUACCAAUGCUCUACGUGUGAGAUGGUGUUUGUUAGCCCUGAUAAGCUACGCAACCACACUAAGAACCAAUGCGAACUCGUGAACAUCGAAUCCUUCCCAGCUCAGCCAACCAUCUACCAACCCGCUCCGAACAGCAUUCGUUCCAUGCUGACUAAGUACUCCAUCAAGGAUGCUGACCACUACAUCGAUCACUUCAUUGUCUAUGAUUUUGAGGCUAUCCGCAAGCCUACGGGUGUCAAAAACGGAGAGAAUACUAUCUUCACAAACGAACACAUUCCUGUGUCUGUUUCCGUGGCCGACAGCUUGACUGAGGAGGUGCGAUGCUUUGUCAGCGAUGACCCGAAGGAGUUGCUCAAGGAUAUGUUCCAGUACAUCAAGGAAGUUGCGGCUAAGAUUCAGCAGUACAACGUUUCGAAGUACGAGUCUUUGCUCCGCAAAAUCAUCAACGUCCAUGGUUUGACUGACGCUGAGGUUCCUGGUCUAGACUUGGGUAAGACGUACAAGAUGGAUGAUGUCAAUGCUUGGAUUCAGAACGGGGAGUUUGCUUGUUUCUUCGAUUUCCACAGCAAGCUCACAUUCGGUAAGAAGCGCUCGGAUUAUGGCAAGCUGAAGCAGUGCAUUGGUCAGGUACCAGUAUUCCGAUUCAACUCUGGACGCUACGACAUCAACCUUAUCAAGGCGGACCUGUUUGCAGUCAUCGGUACUGACAACAUCACAUCAGUCAUCAAGAACCCUAUCUACAUGUGCAUCGCCACGUCAGACAUGAAAAUGCUUGACAUUAGCAACUAUGUUCCGGCAGGCACCAGCUAUGCAAAGUACUUGCCGACAUAUCUCGGUGAGUGCAAGUGUGAUGACAAGAUUCGAUGCGUCUGUGGCCUAGGGAAAGGCAUCUUCCCGUACGAGUACAUUACUUCAUUUGACGUACUCAGUCAGCCAGAAGUCCCUCCUAAGUCGGCGUUCGACAGUGCUCUUCGUAGCACUAGCAUCAGCGAUGAGGACUAUGUGCGGGUACAGUUCGUCUGGGAACACUAUGGCAUGAAGUCAAUCAAGGAUCUACUCAUUUGGUACAUCAACCUCGAUGUUGUACCCUUCAUCAAGGCCAUCAAUGCCCAGCGAGAACUAUUCAAACUCAUGUAUCAGACGUGCUUCAACAACCUCCAGCAACCAAGUAAGGAGCCUACUGAAGCGUUUGACUUUCCCGCUAGUCGCUUAAGCGGAUAUAACACCCAGGAUGCUGAUGCCGAUCGUGAAUUCAAUAUGACGCUAGAACACCUCAACGACUUGCUAGAGCGACAAAAGUACCUGUGUGGGCUAUGCUACAAGCAACUCACAGCUGAUACUGCCUCGGCUGACCGAAUCAAUAACAAGCUCGGACACAUCGAUGGUAAUAUCUUGAUCAGCUGUGUGGGCUGCAACGUUGCUCGCAAGAACAUGUCGCUAAAGGGCUUCCGCCACAAGAAGCUACUUGAAUUCAACUCAGACAGGUUGGUGUACAGUAUCGAUAGAGAGGAGAAGGACAUCUACACCAAGAUGAAGGCGAACAUUGCUGGUGGUCCUUCUAUCAUCUUCAACAGAUACGCGAAACGCAACGAGACCAAGAUUCGAGGGGGUAGAAUCUGCAAAAAGAUCAUCGGCUACGAUGCUAAUGCUCUGUAUUUGUGGGCUCUUGGUAAUGAGAUGCCAUGUGGACGGUUGACUACCAUCGAAGCAUACACAGGGAUCGUCGAUGAUAUUGUAUAUGACAAGAUCUUUGGCUUCCUCGAGUGUGAUAUCCGUACAGCAGAGCACCUCAAACCCUACUUCAGUGAAAUGACCCCAAUUUUCAAGAACACCCUUAUCGACUGCAGCGAUCGGAGUGUCAUCGGUCAGCACAUGUUCGAGUACAAGGAGGAGCGCAAGCAAAGCCGAGCAAAGCCGGCUCGCAAACUCAUCGGGAGCUACUUUGGUGAGAAGAUCCUCAUUUAUGCACCGCUACUCAAAUGGUACAUUUCUCAUGCCGUAUCGAGCGCGCGACGAGAGGGUGAUGAAAGUGUUAAAUCCAUCUGUAAGAUCAUUAUUGAGAAGAUGAUGGAACUGGUUGGUAAUAGUGCGUUUGGUCGAUCUGGCAUGGACAUGAGCAAGCACAAGGAGGUCAGGUAUGAGUCGGACGAUAAGGCAAUCAAGGCCAAGAUUGAGCACUUCACCUUCCAUGGAAUGGAAGAGCUGAAUGAUUCAUGUGAAUUCACUAUGAAGAAGCGAAAGCUCAACAACAAGAACCCAAUUCAUCUAUCGAUUGCAAUCUAUCAGCUCGCUAAGCUCCGUAUGUUGCAAUUCUACUAUGAUUGCAUUGACUUCUACUUCGACCGUUCGGAAUUCCAGUACCAAGAAAUGGACACAGACUCGGCUUAUAUUGCGUUCAGCGGUGAGAAGCCAUUCGUUGAGUGUAUCAAGCCCGAGCUUCGUGAGCAUUUUCAGCAGCAUAAGUACGAGUGGUUCCCACGUGAUUAUAGCGAAGAGAUGGCUCAGUUUGAUCGCCGAACGCCAGGUUUGUUCAAGGAUGAGUGGUCUGGUGAUGCUAUGGUAUCAUUGUCCUCUAAGAACUACAUUUGCUACCUACCAGACGAAUCUUACAAGGUCAAGGUUUCAGCGAAGGGAGUCCAGCAGAGUGGUGGCCGCAAUGGCGACGUCCUCAACCCAGAUGGCUUUGAAUCAGUUGUUCGCGAUCGCAUCACGCUACAGGGCACCAACAAGGGGUUUAGACUCAGUAAGGAGACCUUGUACCAGAAGGCUAAAGAACUGGAGCCGAAGAUUACGAUGAAAAUCGUCAAGAAAUGGUACUCAAACCAGAGCGAUAUUCAGCGAUUUCAGGAGCAGAAGAAGCGAUACGAUGGGUUCAAAAUCGCAUCGACUAACCCCAAUUCGUGGCAGAUGGACUUGGUGUUUUGGGAGAAAUGA